GCCGUGUAAUGAGCUUUCAUUGCACGUUAAAGAACCCUCAGGUGGGCAAAAGCAAUCCACAGACCGACCGCUGUGGCGUCGCUCAUGAUCUCAGUUGUCUCGCGACGUAAACACCCAAUUAUAAAAAAAAAUAAAAAAAAGUUCGAGAUCGGCACAACAACAGUUGAACCACAGUGCACAAACUAUGCACUAGUCAUCACUGACGGUCGACCCACAGAGCAAUCUUCAGACCAGAGCGAGACUCAAGUGGCAAGCAAGUCAUCGACGUUCGGACAUGAGGAAGACAGGCUUUAUAAGUCCAACAUUUGUUUAGCCGCAUGCAUCGACACUGGCCACUUGGAGGUUCAUGCCAAAACUCACAAAACAAAGACACUUACCUGCGACAAGUGUUCAGUGACAUUCCGUCAUGCAUCAACUCUGCGAGUGCACGCAAGACAUUGCACGGGACCAGGCUCGCAGAAGUCGAACGUAAGUGCACCUGCAUGCGCAUUGAGCGCACACGAGUGCAAUCUCAGCCCUGCAGAGUCCAGCCACAGUAUGUGCCUGCAGCGUCGCAAGCGCACGCUCGUGGGCAAGAAGAGCUUCAGGUGUGAUCUCUGUGGUUUUGAGUUCAACAAGAGGUACAAGCUGCGCAAUCACAAGAAAGCACACAUGAGUGAGGGGCUAUACCAGUGCACCUUCUGUCCUGCACAGUUCAGGCAAAGCGCGAUGCUGAAGUAUCACAAGCAGAAACAUACAGGCGAGAAGGCCUAUAAGUGUGACCUCUGUCCUGCAGGGUUCAGUCAUAGCUCUAGCCUGUAUGUCCACAAGCGGACACACAUGGGCGAUAAGCCCCAUAAGUGCGAUAUCUGUCCUGCAGAGUUCAACAGGAGGCACGACUUGCAGCGUCACAGGAGAACACACAUGGGAGAGAAGCCAUACAAGUGUGACGUCUGCCCUGCGGAGUUCAGCCGCAGCGAGAUGCUGUUGCGCCACAAGGGGACGCACAUGGGAGGCAAGCCCCAUAAGUGUGAUCUCUGUCCUGCAGAGUUCAGCGAGAGGGCGGGCCUGCGGUCUCACAGGCGAACACACACGGGAAAGAAGCCAUACAAGUGCAAUGUCUGCCCAUUGGAGUUCACACAUGAAGAGGCUGUCAUAUCACAUGCGAAAACACACAGGCGAGAAGCCCUGUAA